AUGUCUGCUGCUGGUCCAGCUGCUUGGAGACAUGCUUCUCGCGCCUGCUCAAGGCGCCUCCCGGCUCCCGGCGCCUUUGCAACCCCUCGACGCUCCCUCGCCACUGGUCUCCGCGGUGCCCGCACCUAUGUUACCGAGACCAAGGCUGGACAAGCCCAGGUCAAUGUCGAUACCGCCAUCAAGGAUGAACAGAAGUCUUUCAUGAAGCAGACUGGCGUCGCUCCAUCAACUGCUACAUUGUCUGCUUCGGGCAUGUCAGCCGAUGCGGCGAUGAGUCCUGCUGCCGGCGUCCUGAAGCAGGCGACCGUGAUGGACCAAGGAACUCGCCCCAUGUACCUCGACAUGCAAGCGACAACCCCCACGGAUCCCCGGGUUCUCGAUGCGAUGCUGCCGUUCUUGACCGGGAUCUACGGUAAUCCUCAUUCCCGUACCCAUGCAUACGGCUGGGAGACAGAAAAGGCUGUUGAAGAGGCCCGCGAGCACGUCGCCAAGCUGAUUGGUGCGGAUGCCAAGGAGAUCAUCUUCACCAGCGGCGCCACUGAGAGUAACAACAUGAGUCUGAAGGGUGUUGCGCGCUUCUUCGGUCGAUCGGGUAAAAAGAAGCACAUCAUCACCGUGCAGACCGAGCACAAGUGUGUCUUGGACAGUUGCCGUCAUCUGCAGGACGAGGGAUUCGAGGUCACCUACCUGCCUGUGCAAUCCAACGGUCUCGUUCGUAUGGAGGACCUGGAAGCCGCCAUGCGCCCGGAUACCGCAAUCGUCAGUAUCAUGGCCGUGAACAAUGAGAUCGGUGUCAUUCAGCCCCUGGAAGAGAUUGGCAAGCUGUGUCGGUCAAAGAAGAUCUUCUUCCAUACCGAUGCCGCCCAGGCUGUGGGCAAGAUUCCCAUGGAUGUCAACAAGAUGAACAUUGAUCUCAUGUCCAUCUCAAGUCACAAGAUCUACGGUCCCAAAGGUAUUGGAGCUUGCUAUGUCCGUCGUCGUCCUCGUGUCCGUUUGGAUCCGAUUAUUUCAGGAGGCGGCCAAGAGCGUGGUCUCCGCAGUGGAACACUUGCACCGCACUUGGUGGUUGGCUUUGGCGAGGCAUGCCGUAUCGCUUCGCAAGAAAUGGAGUACGAUCACAAGCACAUUUCGCGCCUGUCAAAGCGUCUUAGUGACAGCCUGCUUGGGUUGGAGCACACCACGCUCAACGGUGAUCCUGUGGCUCACUAUCCGGGUUGCGUGAACAUUUCAUUCUCGUAUGUCGAGGGCGAGUCUCUUCUGAUGGCUUUGAAGAACAUUGCUCUGUCUUCGGGCAGUGCGUGCACGUCAUCCUCCCUGGAACCCAGCUAUGUCUUGCGUGCCUUGGGUAGCAGUGACGAGAGUGCCCACAGCAGUAUUCGUUUCGGUAUCGGUCGAUUCACCACCGACGCCGAGAUUGAUUACGUUCUCAAGUAUGUUCACGAACGCGUGGAGAAACUCCGUGAUAUCAGUCCUCUUUGGGAAAUGGUUCAGAUGGGAAUCGACUUGAAGACGAUCCAGUGGAGCCAGCACUAG